AUGCCGAUCGAAAUAGGUUUAAAUGACCAUGGAGAUGAGAUGGAAAGAUAUUAUGAGAAUUUUACGCCCACAUAUACCAGAGGCAAAUGGAAAGAGCAGAGCCAGAUCAAAGAAAACAAUGCAUUUGUCAGCGAGGAGGUCGUAUUUCCAUGA